AGUCGAGUGUAAUCAUUCAAAGUGCAAAGUAUAUUUAUUUUCGGUUCGAUAUUGUGCAGUUCAAUAAACAUUUCAAUUUAAUUUUUCGAACAUUGCGAGUGAAAUUUUGUGUUUUUUUGUUGUUGUUGAAAUUUCAUUGACGUGACAAUAUUCAAUCGGUUGCUACAAUAUUUGAAUGAUCGAUCCCGAUUAUGUGGAAAAUCGAUUACGUUUGCUAAUCAUUCGGUGAAUGGUGAAGUAGGUAUAUAACACACCGUGUGUUUUUCAACAAUAUUUUCGUGUGUGUUUUAAGAAAUUCAAAUGACAAAACUGAAAUGAAAAUUUUUACUUAAAAAUCCAUCUUACAUGUUGACGUCAAACCAAUAGUGAAGUGAAAGGUGUGUGAACGUUAAAUGCAAUUCAUGUUAUGACAGUAGUGUUGUUAAUUCGGCAAAGCUUCAUUUUGUAUUGUUUUUUUUUAACGAUUUGAUUUCAAUUCAAUUUAUUUAAUGGUAAAAGCUCCAAACAAACCAAAAUCUCUAGUGUAAAUGCGAGCAUGUUUAUGUGUGCAUGUGUUUGUGAAUAUGCGCAGAUCAACAUUACGUAUACCGUGUAAAUAAUUGAAUGCUGAUAGUAUAUACCUUAACUUCUUCGUUUCUGUGUGCAGAGUUUAAAAGUUUUUUUUUUCUUUAACAAACAAAAUCAAAAAUAUAAUUUGCAACAUUAAUUGCAUUCGGAUUUUGUGCUUCAAUUGCAACGUCAAUCCUUUACAUUAAAUAUUUCAAGUGACUUUUCGUACAAAAUAUUGAAAAUCAUUGACUGGUAGCAUCAACUUUGUCGCUUUUUUCAUUCGAUUGAAUUAACCUACUUACGUUUGUCUACAAAACACAUAAAUAUUUUGAUCAGGUUACCUAUUGCGAAUGUGCCAACUUAAACUCCUCGCUUGAAAAAUGGCAAAAUUAACAACAAUCAGCACAUUUCCAAAUCUACAAUUAUUGUCAGUAUUUAUGGUAAAUUAUGCGUCCACCCAUAUCAUCCUCAGCAACCAUAAAUGAUGGUGCGCCUUCAUUACGAAAGCAUCAAUACAUCCAAAAAGAAGUGCUAGCACAAAAUCGCAAUCAAACGAUUUUCAACUCGGAAAGUGAUGAUUUUCUAUGCUUCAAGUCGCAAAGUGAAAGAGUAAUCGAUAUCAAACGAAGCGAAUCGAUUUGUGAAAAUAAACCAAUUGCUAGUGUGGUGCAGAAUGACGAUAACAGCAAAAUUGUGAAUGAUAGUUCCGGUGAACGAAAUAGUUAUAAUUUCGCCUGCUUCAAUGUUUAUGAAAGUCGUGUGUCAAAUGAAAAUAAUGUUAGUAGUCGUAAUGAGCCUAUUGUUGAUUCAUAUAACAAUCAUAUAAGUGACCUAAAAAGUGCGUACGGUGAACAGCCAAAUUUUAAAGUAUUUAAUCAGAAUAGUAGCCGCGAUAUAAAUCGGAUAAAUAGCGAAACUAGUCCGCUGCUAAUUCACGACCAAAGUAAAUCGAUUACUUUGAUCAAAAAUAGUGCCUCAUUGAUAUUUACAAAGAAAGAGAAUAAUCCAGUGGUGCAUCGACGACGCGACGGUAAGAUCUCCACAUCACGCGAACAAUAUAGACGUAGUCUGCCAAACAGUGUGAACGGCAAUUUGGACAGUAGGCAACAGACAUUUUCGUGGUACGCUCCCGUUUACUCUGCCUUACAAGAGGAAUCAUCCGGUCAGAGCUCUAGGGAAUCAUCCCCCUACCACAACCUGGCUUAUGCAAAGAAGCAAACAAAUGGAUCCCGGGAAUCAGCAUCCCUCCUAGACAGCAAUCACCAAUUGCAACCGCAAAUACACCAAACACGUGUUCGGAAAACUGGUGCCAUUCGACCACCAUCGUUAAAUAUUCAACCGGAGGGCCCCCACGUUCAGCUAACAUCUGGGGGCCCUGCACCAAAAUGCAGCACAGAACCUUACUUGAAAGAGAAAUGCAGUCGUUUCGAACAGCUGAUCAAAACAUUGGUCGGCCGUAAGGUGUCCCGAGAGCCGACAACGCCCCCGUUGAUACCGUCACCCGAAAUACGGAUAACCCGAAGUCCAUCUGAGCACAAUUUGCUGAAAAGCGACAAACUAACAUCGUCCACCACAUCGCUGAAUUCCGUUCAACAAAAAUUGUGGAGCGUCGUACCACUGCUACGGCGCAACGACAGUUGCAUUAGUUUACAUCAAACUAAAUCGAGUCCACUCGCCCAUCAUUCCGGUUUAAAGAAAUGCCAAACAGUGCUGGCACUGACACGGUCAUCAUCAAACUUGGAACCAAUCAAGCCGCAAAACCGUUUGCGUAACAGUUCGUCAACGUGUUCGCGAUGUUCUAGUCUCUUAUCUUUGGCCGCUAAUGGUUCAAGAUAUUCGUUGAAUCUGUCCCACGGGGGAUUCGUUGCCGUUGGAUCCAGCGAUAAAAUAUCCGCAAAUGUAAUACCAACCGUUCAGUCGAUUGCAGCUACACCCGUUGUGACGUUUGUGUGUAAAUUGUGCCUUGGUGAUUUUGUUGCGGAAAAAUCGACGAGAAUCAAACAAUGCGGUUGCCUUUACUGUUCUGAGUGUAUGAUGGCCUAUGUCGAAUUCGAAAUUAUGGAGGGUGCAUACGAGAUCUCAUGUCCAGACGCAUUGUGUCCAGCUCAGGGAAUUUUGUCGUUGGACGAAAUAACAAAAUUAUCUUCGAGCAGCCUAAUCGAUAAGCACAAUCGAUAUCGUUUGAAUAGAGAAGUGGAAUUGGACAAAAACAGGACCUGGUGUCCCCGAGCUGGUUGUGAAACUGUUUGCUUAGUCGGACCAUCGGAAAAAUCCGAAAUAAACGCUUUGGUUCCAAUUACCGCACCACAUGCCGUACAGUGUCCAACAUGUUUGGAUGAAUUUUGUUCGAGUUGUAAGAAAACUUGGCACCAGACUCUUACCUGUGAUGAGAAUAUAAGACGUUUAGCUGCCAUUGGUGAAGACGACACCAUCGGCAUACCAUUUGAUAGUGAUCUCAUCAAAUGCUGUCCGAUGUGUUCAGUUCCUAUUGAAAAGGAUGAAGGCUGCGCUCAAAUGAUGUGCAAACGAUGUAAACAUGUCUUCUGUUGGUAUUGUUUGGCUAGUUUAGACGAUGACUUUUUGCUGCGUCAUUACGAUAAAGGACCAUGCAAAAAUAAACUCGGACAUUCACGUGCCUCGGUUGUGUGGCAUCGGGCUCAAGUGAUUGGUAUCUUUGCAGGAUUCGGUAUUCUAUUACUGGUUGCAUCGCCGCUAUUGUUACUGGUGGCACCGUGUAUCGUUUGUUGUAAAUGUCGCAUAUGCAGUGGAGCGGCUAAAUUGGAAGAAAAUGAAGCUGACUUUGAGGAUGCGACUACGUUGCAAAGGUAGUGUUUAAGAACCCCUUAAGAUAAAAAAAAGAGAAGAGAGAAUUGCUGUUGUAUGAUAAG